GAAAUUGAGAGUGAGCCAUCUCUCCAAAUGGGUAAGUCUGAAGUUAGGUUGUGUAAUGAAGGCGGAGAGCUCGAUUCGGAGGUUAAUUUUUGUGCUUUCGUCCCGAAGAUAACGUCAGUGAAAAGAGAGAGCAUCGGCACUACCCAUCUCGGACAGGCCGAAGAGAACGUAGGCAAGAGAACGAGAACCCUUGCAAACGAUGAAAAAAGGAACGCUCGACACAUACAUGUAAAUAUGCGUACAGUAUCCAUGAGAGAUUCGAAAAAAAUGAAUGCCAAACCAUCCAUAUGCAAUGUUUGCGCUGCAUCUUUUACUACGAAAACCUCAAUGGCGAGACAUAUUCAAAUAAAUACCGGCGAGAAACCAUUCAAUUGCAGUCAUUGCUCCUCCUCUUCCAGUAGUAAAUACAAUAUAAAGAAACACAUGCAAACGCGCACUGGCGAGAAAUCAUUCAAUUGCAGUCAUUGCUCGGCCUCUUUUGCUAUGAAAUAUAACUUGACAACACACAUCCGGACGCAUACUGGAGAGAAGCCAUUCAGUUGCAGUUAUUGCACGGCAUGCUUUGCUCGCAAACAGUCUCUAACGGCACAUGUUCGCACGCACACUGGUGAGAAACCAUUCAGUUGCAGUCAUUGCUCCUCCUCUUUCACUAGUAAAGAUAAUUUAAAGGAACACAUGCGAACGCACACUGCCGAGAAACCAUUCGGUUGCAGUCAUUGCACGGUAUGCUUUGCUCAAAAGUCUGCUUUAACGAAACAUGUUCGAACGCAUACUGGUGAGAAACCAUUCAAUUGCAGCCAUUGCUCCUCCUCUUUCAGUACGAAACAAAAUCUCAAGGUACAUAUGCGAACGCACACUGGCGAGAAACCAUUCAGUUGCAGUCAUUGCUCGGCCUCUUUUGCUAUGAAAAGUAACUUGACAGCACACAUCCGAACGCAUACUGGCGAGAAACCAUUCAAUUGCAGCCAUUGCUCCUCCUCUUUCAGUACGAAACAAAAUCUCAAGGUACAUAUGCGAACGCACACUGGCGAGAAACCAUUCAGUUGCAGUCAUUGCUCGGCCUCUUUUGCUAUGAAAAGUAACUUGACAGCACACAUCCGAACGCAUACUGGCGAGAAACCAUUCAAUUGCAGUCAUUGCUCGGCCUCUUUUGCUAUGAAAUAUAACUUGACAACACACAUCCGAACUCAUACUGGCGAGAAACCAUUCAGUUGCAGUCAUUGCACGGCAUGCUUUGCUCAGAAAGGGUGUUUAACGGCUCAUGUUCGCACGCACACUGGUGAGAAACCAUUCAGUUGCAGUCAUUGCUCCUCCUCUUUCACUAGUAAAGACAAUUUAAAGGAACACAUGCGAACGCACACUGGCGAGAAACCAUUCAGUUGCAGUCAUUGCACGGCAUGCUUUGCUCACAAAUGUAAUUUGAUAAUUCACAUCCGGACGCAUACUGGAGAGAAACCAUUCAGUUGCAGUCAGUGCACGGCAUGCUUUGCUCAGAAACGGCUUUUAACGGCACAUGUUCGCACGCACACUGGUGAGAAACCAUUCAGUUGCAGUCAUUGCACGGCCUCUUUUGCUGAGAAAAGUAAUUUGACAAAACACAUCCGGACGCAUACUGGAGAGAAACCAUUCAGUUGCAGUCAUUGCACGGCAUGCUUUGCUCACAAACAGUCUCUAACGGCACAUGUCUCCACGCAUACUGGUGAGAAACUAUUCAGUUGUAGUCAUUGUUCGGCGUCCUUCCGCGAGAAUGUCACUUUAAAGAGACAUUUGCGAAUGCAUACUGACGGAAAACUAUAGUGAUGCAGUCACUGCUCAUCCUCUUUUCGGCAGAAAAGGCAUUUGAA